AUGCGAGAUCUAUCCCAUCAGCAGAUAAUCGGAGUUGAAAGACGAAAAGUUCCUAGAAAUAUUUCACUUCAAAAUCGUAUUAUCAUUAAUAUAAGUGGAGUUCGUUUUGAAACAUUCAAAUCUACUCUGGAAGUCUACCCAAAUACGUUGUUAGGCAAUCCGAAACGACGCAAAUAUUACUAUGAUAAUAUUCUUGAUGAAUAUUUCUUUGAUCGUCAUCGAGGAUGUUUUGAAGCUAUUCUCUAUUAUUAUCAAUCGAAGGGUCGAUUACGUCGACCGAAUUCGGUACCACUCGAUACAUUUCUUGAAGAAAUUAUAUUUUUUGAUUUGGGUCAAGAUGCUCUUGCUCAAGUACGCAAAGAUGAAAAUUUGAAAGAGGUUGAAAAAGCUCAGUUACCUCGAAAUCGUUGCCGCCGCUAUGGUGAUAUGGUGCCAGUCACAGCUUUAGGACGUCUAACUGCUGUUAUAUGUGCAUUGGCUGGUGUGGGUACUAUUGGUAUGCUUGUCUCAGUUCUGGUCGACCGGUAUCAUCGAGUAUAUAAUCGUAAACUCUACAUUAAACCUGAGCAAAUUGACUUCAACGAGUUCUCUGAUGAAGAAAAUGAGGAUCUAGAAAUGGGACAUGGAAAUAUCCAUGGUGAUUCUCUCAUUGUUAAUAUCGACGACAGAGAAGAGUAA